AUGAGGGGGGGAAUAGUUAAGUGCAAAGUAAAAAACAUAAGAACUAAAUCCAUCACCAUAGAGGACUUUUCGGGUCAGAAGUUCGAGAAGGCCGUUAUAGAGAAGAUUGAUGCCAUCUAUUCCUAUACGGAGGGAGGAAUAAUACAUUUCUUGAAUGCUGAAGAUUAUUCGGACAUAUCUAUUAAUGCCGAAGACUUUAGUAGUGAGCUAAAGUAUCUAGAAGAUGGUGCUGAAGUAAAGCUGAGUGUAUGGUCUGAAGAGGUGUUGUUUAUAAAUCUUCCUGAAUUGGUUUCGUUGGCCAUAGAGAGCUUCGAGGACGAGGGAGCUCCAUCCGAAAUGAAGAAGGCAAUAACUAGCACGGGACUAAUGGUUCUUGUUCCUAAGUUCUGCAAUGUCGGAGAUCGAAUAAACGUAUCCACCUCGGAUGGCAAAUAUAGAUCGCGUUAA